AUGCAGAGGCGGGCGGUGGGCACCCGGCGGCCGCCGCUGCUGCUGCCGCUGCUGCUGCCGCUGCUGCUGCCGCUGCGGCUGCUGCUGGUCCUCGGCGCGGCCGAGUGGGCGCUCGGGGCUCAGCGCCGCUACACCCCGGACUGGCCGAGCCUGGACGCGCGGCCCCUGCCGGCCUGGUUCGACGAGGCCAAGUUCGGGGUGUUCGUGCACUGGGGCGUGUUCUCGGUGCCGGCCUGGGGCAGCGAGUGGUUCUGGUGGCACUGGAAGGGCGAGGGGCUGCCGCAGUACCGGCGCUUCAUGAGCGACAACUUCCCGCCCGGCUUCAGCUACGCCGACUUCGGGCCGCUCUUCACCGCGCGCUUCUUCGACCCGGAGGCCUGGGCCGACCUCUUCCAGGCCGCGGGGGCCAAGUAUGUGGUCCUGACAACAAAGCAUCACGAAGGCUUCACUAACUGGCCAAGCCCGGUGUCAUGGAACUGGAAUUCUCAGGAUGUGGGGCCCCAUCGUGACUUGGUUGGUGAGUUGGGAACAGCCAUCCGGAAGAGGAACAUACGAUAUGGACUGUAUCACUCACUCUUCGAAUGGUUCCAUCCACUCUACCUACUUGAUAAGAAAAAUGGCUUCAAAACACAGUAUUUUGUCUAUGGGAAAACAAUGCCAGAGCUAUAUGAACUUGUGAACAGGUAUAAGCCUGACCUGAUUUGGUCUGACGGAGACUGGGAAAGUCCUGAUGCUUACUGGAACUCCACAGGUUUUCUUUCCUGGCUCUACAGUGACAGCCCAGUUAAGGAUGAGGUAGUGGUAAACGACCGAUGGGGUUUUAACUGCUCCUGUCACCAUGGAGGAUACUACAACUGUGAAGAUAAAUUUCAGCCGUCAAGCUUGCCAAAUCACAAGUGGGAGAUGUGCACCUCCAUAGACAAGCGGUCCUGGGGCUACCGUCGCACCAUGACCAUCUCCGAGGUGGCAAGUGAAUCGGAAAUCAUUUCGGAACUGGUCCAGACAGUAAGUUUGGGAGGGAACUAUCUUCUCAACAUCGGGCCAACUAAAGAUGGACUGAUUGUUCCCAUCUUCCAAGAAAGGCUGCUCGCUGUUGGGAAGUGGCUGAGCAUCAAUGGGGAGGCUAUCUAUGCCUCUAAACCGUGGCGCGUACAACUGGAAAAGAACGAAUCUGUAUGGUAUACCUCAAAAGAAUCAUCUGUUUAUGCCAUUUUCCUGAACUGGCCAGAAAAUGGAGUCUUAAGCCUUAAAUCCCCUAAAACUACCUCUGCUACAAAGGUAACGAUGCUAGGAGUCCAAAAAGAUCUGAAGUGGUCCACAAAUCCACCUGGAGGUCUCCUCAUUUAUCUGCCCCAGAUACCACCCUCUGCUCUUCCAAUUGAGUAUGCUUGGACCAUAAAGAUGAUGGGAGUGGACUGA